AUGGUCUGCGCAACGGGCGAGCCCGACUGGAGCGGCGUCACGCUUGAGACGUUCAACUUGACACUGCUUCAAAACCCCAGGCUAUGCACGUCGUGUACUUGCCCGCUCGAGCUCAAUGGCCUCCACUUCGGUGUCAUGUCAUAUUACCCCUCGCUGGCCGGCAACGCCCUGUUCGCCGCCAUCUUUGGGCUCUGUCUACUUCCGCAAAUCUACCUGGGUAUCCGCCACAAGACCUGGGGUUACCUGAUCGGCAUGACGGGCGGGAUCCUCCUCGAGCUUCUGGGGUACAUUGCGAGGAUCUUGAUGCGUGACAACAUGUUUACCGACUCGUAUUUUAUUAUGUACCUCGUCUGCCUGACCAUCGCGCCCGCCUUCCUCGCCGCGGGCAUCUACCUCAGCCUCUCGCGACUAGUCGUCAUCUACGCGCCCGACCGCGCGCGCCUCCCCGCCCAAGUGUACACAUACAUCUUCAUCGGAUGCGACGUCGUAGCACUAGUCCUACAAGCAGCGGGCGGCGCGGUCGCGUCCAUCUCCGAGCUUGGCUCACCCGCGCUCAGGGCCGGCGUCGACACCAUGAUCGCGGGCGUCGCCUGGCAGGUUGUCGCCCUGGCCCUGUUCGGCGUGCUCUGCCUCGACUUCUGGAUCCGCGUCCGCUCCACCCCGACCUCGGCCCUCAACCCGGCCUUUGCGGAUCUGCGCGCGCAGCGUUCGUUCCAGCCUGGGUUUUUGGUCGCCAUGUUGCUCACGGGUGUCUUUAUCUUUGUGCGCUCCGUCUUCCGGUGCGCGGAGCUCUCGGAAGGGUUCAACGGCCCGUUGGCCAACGACGAGGUCACCUUUAUGGUGCUCGAGGGAACCAUGAUUGCGUUGGCCUGCAUUCUCCUGACGGUCUUUCACCCCGGCCUGGUGGUCGGUGGCGAGACGUGGUUGGCUGCGGGCUGGAAGGCCGCGAAGCGUAGGGCGGCAGCCGAUGCGGAAAAGGUGCGGCCGGGGACUGAUUCGGGGAGUGAUAGCCUGUGA